AUGUCCGAAGCUAGUGAAGUUAAAAACGCUGACCAAGCACCAGUGUCAAAUGAUAUACCUGUUGAAGUAAGUAAUGCCAGCGGAACUAAUCCAGCAGAAACUGCUAAAUCUUCUGAUAAAAAAAAGAAGAAGAAGAAGAAGAGAGCUAACAUCAGUAAGAUUGAAAACUAUUUCCCAGAUGGCGUCUACCCAGAGGGUGAAUGGAUGGAUUAUGAACAAGAUUUCAAUUUGGCACGUACUACUGAUGAGGAGAAAAGAUACCUAAAGAGAGAUCUUGAGAACCAAGAUCAUUGGAAUGAAGUUAGAAAAGCUGCAGAGAUUCAUCGUAGAGUGAGAAAGAACGUAGAAGGUAAGAUCCAUCCAGGGAUGAGAUUGACUGAAAUUGCAGAUCUUAUUGAAAACACAACAAGAAAAUAUACAGAUGCUGAAGAUUUGACAAAAAUGGAUGACCCAACUAGUAGAGGUAUUGGGUUUCCAACGGGGUUAUCUAUUAAUGAUAUUGCUGCCCAUUUCACACCAAAUAAAGGUGAUAAGACUGUUCUAAGGUAUGAAGAUGUCAUGAAGGUCGAUUUUGGUGUUCAAAUAAACGGUAAUAUCAUUGACUCAGCAUGGACAGUUUCAUUUGAUCCUCAGUAUGACAAUUUAUUAACCGCUGUACGUGAAGCUACAAAUACUGGUAUAAAGGAAGCAGGUAUUGAUGUUAGAUUAACAGAUAUCGGUGAAGCUAUUCAAGAAGUCAUGGAAUCCUACGAAGUAGAAAUAAAUGGUGAAACAUAUGGCGUCAAACCAUGUAGAAAUCUUUGUGGUCAUAAUAUUGGUCCUUGGAGGAUUCAUGGUGGUAAAUCGGUUCCAAUUGUGAAGAAUGGUGAUAUUACCAAGAUGGAAGAAGGUGAACAUUUUGCCAUUGAAACUUUCGGUACCACUGGUAGUGGUUAUGUUACCGCUGAAGGUGAAUGUUCUCAUUAUGCGAGACAAGAUUAUGAUUACGAUGCUCCUUCAUUACCAAGUGCUAAGAAAUUACUAGAGACAAUCAAUAAAAAUUUUGGUACUUUACCAUUCUGUCGUCGUUAUUUAGACAGACUUGGUGAAGACGAACACGAAUUUGCUUUGAAUUAUUUAGUAAAACAAGGUUACGUUCAGGAUUACCCACCAUUGGUAGAUAUCCCUGGUUCCUACACUGCACAAUAUGAACACACUAUCUUGCUACAUCCAAACAAGAAAGAGAUCGUGUCGAAGGGCGAUGAUUAUUAA